UGUGUUUACAGCAGUGGACUUGUACCGCUGCAAUCUGUGAUAUCAACCCAGCCACACAUUCCCACACCUUUAUGUUCUUACCUGUACGGAAGUGAAUAUAAAAGGCUGCACACGUAAGCUAACUAUGUCUGAACAACAGGCAGCGUUACCUUUCUACCUUCCCUACCUCAGCUGCAACAGAAGAGACCGUGACGACUAAUGGGGAUUGUUCUACUCAGUCUAAUUCUUCUGUACAGAGUGGGCAAUGUGCAAGGUACUUGUUCCGUCGGGAGCGCGAUGACCUGCGAUGAGUGUCUGCGACUGGGUCCUCACUGCGGCUGGUGUACGCAGGAGAAUUUCACCGACUCCUUUUCGGUGAGCGAGCGAUGUGACACGCCGCUGGCCCUGGAGCUGAAAGGGUGCGCAGGGGAAUUCGUGGAGUUCCCGGUCACUCAGAUCCACGAGGAUGACCCCACGGGAAGGACGGAGGGCGCUACCAACUACACCCAAAUCACGCCGCAGAGAGUGUCACUCAAAAUGCGACCAGGCAGCGAGGUCACGUUCCAAAUCCAAAUCCAGCAAACCAAGGACUACCCAGUGGACAUUUACUACCUGAUGGACCUGUCCGCCUCCAUGUUCGAUGACCUGGAGAACAUCAAGCUCCUGGGGUCCACUCUCUCCAAGGAGAUGACCAAACUGACCAGCAAAAUUCGGCUGGGCUUUGGAUCGUUUGUGGAGAAACCCGUGCUGCCUUUUAUUAAGAUCACACCUGCAGACCUGGACAACCCUUGCAGAGGCGUGGAUCAGACCUGUCUGCCCACGUUCGGGUACCGGCACAUGCUGCCCCUCACCAGCAGUGCGGAGAAGUUCAACGAGAUCGUGGCCAAGCAGCGGGUGUCGGCCAACCUGGACCUGCUGGAGUGCGGCUUCGACGCCAUCAUGCAGGCUGCUGUCUGCGGGGAAAAAAUUGGCUGGAGGAACGACUCCAUGCACCUGGUGGUGUUCGUCAGCGAUGCCGACUCGCACUUCGGGAUGGACAGCAAAAUGGCCGGCAUCGUCAUCCCCAAUGACGGCGAGUGUCACCUGGACAGCAACAACGAGUACUCUAAGGCCACCACCCUGGAGUAUCCAACACUUGGGCAGCUUAUUGACAAGCUGGUGGAGAAUAACAUCCUUCUGAUAUUUGCAGUGACUGAAAACCAGAAAACUAACUAUGAGAAUUAUGCUAAUCUCAUUCCUGGCGCCACCGUUGGAGUUCUCCAGUCAGACUCAGGGAACAUCCUUGAACUGAUCGUGACUGCUUACAAAGAGCUGCGGUCGGAGAUUGACCUGGAGGUCCUGGGGAACACAGAGGACCUUCAGAUCUCCUUCACAGCCAUCUGCCACGACGGAACCCCCGUUCCUGGACAGAAACGCUGCUCCAACGUCAAAGUCGGGGACACGGUGUCCUUCAAUGUGACAGUGGAGCUGUCAGACUGCCUAUCCGAGCCGCGGCGGUUCUCCAUCAAGCCUGUGGGCUUCCAGGACGCGCUGGAGGUGGAGCUGGAGUCGCUGUGCCGCUGUGGCUGCCACCAGCGGGCGGAGCCGAACAGCAGUCUGUGCGGCGGGGGACGGGGCUCGCUGGAGUGCGGGACGUGCGUGUGUGGGCCGGGGUACACGGGCCCCCGCUGCGAGUGCGCGGAGGGAAACGCCCCGCGGGGCGACUGCCGGCCCCGCCCGGGGGCGGAGUCCUGCAGCGGCCAGGGAGAGUGCUUCUGCGGCCAGUGCGUGUGCCACCCCUCCAGCUUCGGCCGCAUCUACGGCGCCCACUGCGAGUGUGACGACUUCUCCUGCCUGCGCUUCCGCGGCAAGCUCUGCGGAGGUCACGGGGACUGUGACUGUGGUGAGUGUGUGUGUCACAGUGGCUGGUCGGGAGAGUACUGUAACUGCAGCAGCAGCACGGACGCGUGUGUGUCCACGGAUGGUGAGCUCUGCAGCGGCCGGGGAAAGUGUGUGUGCGGCAGGUGUGUGUGCUCCAUCCCCGGGGCCUCGGGAGACACCUGCGAGAAGUGUCCCACCUGCGGAGACACCUGCAGCUCCUCCAGGGCGUGUGUUGAGUGUCAUCUCCAAGCCAAGGAGGCUCCUGAGGAGUGUCAGCACAAGUGCAGCUCCCCACACACGGUGGUCAACCAAACCACAGACUAUGAUGAAAGCCAGUCGAUCCUCUGCACGCUGAAGAGCGAGAAUGAAUGCAUGAUUUCGUUUGGUGUUGUGGUCGGGGACCAAGGAAACACUGUCUAUAACCUCAAGCUAUCUGACUGCCCUGAGCCUCCCAACAUACCAAUGAUCAUGCUGGGAGUGUCGCUGUCCAUCCUGACCAUCGGCGUCAUCCUGCUGGUUAUCUGGAAGAUGCUGGUGUCUGUCCACGACCGCAAGGAGGUGGCCAAAUUCGAGGCAGAGCGGGCUAAGGCCCGGUGGCAGACGGGCACAAACCCGCUGUUCAGAAGCUCAACCUCAACGUUUCAAAAUGUCACAUACAAGAGUGCUGCGAAACAAAAAGUGGACAUUUCAAUGAACAGUUACUGAAAACACAAACUUCAUUUCACCCAUGAGCUUAGUAAAAACCUGGGUACACUGGUUGUGCGUGUGUGUGUGUGUGUGUGUGUGUGUGUAUGUGUGUGUGUUUUUGUGAAAGUCCUCUCAAAAUCAAUAUCGACAAUACUUCACAAUGGGGGAAACAGCAUUGCUUUUCAGACUGACUGGACUGGCUGUGUUUCCAAGGACACUUCAGCUGAAAGCAGUUAGUCUGUAUGUUUCUGACACAACAUGGAUUGUUGCUAGAUUUUGCUGCUUGAAGGAAUCAGAUAUUACUACUGAUUAUAGUGCUUAAUUGAACACUGGACUACUCUUCUCUCUUCAUUUUUGUAUGUGUUUACAUUCUGGGCUGGACAAAGGUACAGUACACUGUAGAUGUUUUUUUUAUAUUUUUGUUCUUUUUAAUGAUUAUUAAAAUGUUUGAAAUACAAUUGUUUUUUAUUGAGGCUGAGCCUUGAGCUGUGUUGGACUUUGAGAUUUUUU